GUCUAUCUGUCAUUUUAAUGAUAAUGUCACGUCACUAGUUUGUGUGUGUAACCGCGCCUUGUAUGCGUGAUAUUAUUUAUAAUUACUGUAAUUCCUAACACUAAAAUAUGUUAAUCGCUCUACAUUUGUAAUGUUCCUUCAGAUUCCGGCUUAAUAUCUUGCAAAAAUGGAUGAAAAAGAAGAGUUGCAUCUAACCUCUCAAGAGUUGCAAGUUUUGUCGGAACUUGACAGCCGGCAGUUUGGUUUCCUGAAGCUGCGAGGUACAGAACAUGGCAGAACUCGAGCUCUUGUUCUCAAAGCUGUCAAGUAUCUUGAGGGAAUGCUCGUUCAAGUCAAGGAGGAAGAAAGAGCAUGUUCUCCGGGAGCCAGGAGGGACAUCUGUAUAGAUCCUAAGACUUACUGCAAACUCGGACAUUUUCAUCUGUUGCUAGAAGAUUAUGCAAAAGCAAUGUCAGCGUAUCAAAAGUUCUACGCUCUGGAGCUGGAUAACUGGAAGGACCCAUUGUUCCUGUACGGACUGGGGCUCUGUUACUACCACUACAACGCUUUUGAAUGGGCGACAAAGGCGUUGCAAAUGGCACUGUACGUGUCGCCGGGGUUCACCCGCGCGGCGGACGCGCACCUGCGGCUGGCGCUCAUGUUCAAGGCGCGGAGGCACUGGGCCGUCGCCGCCGUGCACUUCAGGCGCGCGCGCCUGGCGCCGCACCAGGACGCCACCUUCACCCGCCUCGAGCUCAGCUUCCACGCCGCGCACUUACUUGAAGCCAGAGGACUCAGGAAAGCCGCCAGAGACGCUUACGAACGGUUACUGAAAGAGCCGCAGUUGUCCUCCACAUUAAAAGCGGAUGUCUGCAGACAGUUAGGAUGGUUAUACCAUCGCUGCGUGUCACUGGGCGAGCCGGCAGCCCGCGCGCGCGCCGCUAUCUGGUGCCUGCAGCGCGCGGUGGCUGCAGAGCCCGAGUCAGGCGCCGGCUUGUACCUGCUGGGGCGAUGCUUCGCGGCGCAGGGGAAAGUGCACGACGCCUUCAUAGCUUAUAGGAAUUCAGUAGAAAAGUCCGAAGGAAAUGCUGACACAUGGUGUUCAAUAGGAGUUUUAUAUCAGCAACAAAACCAGCCUAUGGACGCGCUACAAGCGUACAUUUGCGCGGUGCAACUAGACAAGGGUCAUUCAGCGGCGUGGACGAACCUGGGCAGUUUGUAUGAGAGUUGUCAGAUGCCCAGGGACGCGUUCGCAUGUUACACUAAUGGAGGAGCGGCUGCGACCGCGUCACACUCCGCGCUAAGACAGAGGCUGGCCUUCUUGAGAGCACAUCUCGCUCAUGCACCUAUGCCUUCUGUUACUGGAAAACGUCGUCAGCUCCCAUCAAUCGAGGAAGCGUGGAACUUGCCCAUAUCCGCGGAGAUGUCUUCCCGGGCACCCAAGUCAGCGCCGCCGCCGUACCCCGGCAAGAGGCCGGAGGAACCGCCGCCGCUCACACAGCACCAACUACAGACUCUGCAGUACCUACAGAAGAACUCCAACAACCUCACGCCGCAGCAACAAACAUUGAUGCAGCAACUACUGACGCAGUAUCGACAAGCUCAGGCUGCGAGAGCGCGUGCGGUGACGAAAAGCGAAGGUAACGCCACCGGCGGCGACAGCGCCGAGUCGCUCGCCGAAGAUCUGCUGAAGAGAUUCUCAGAUACGCAGCCUGAAGUUAAGAAGGAGCCUGUUAGCACGGAUAAUGCGAGCAGUGCCGGCAGUAGUAACGAGGCCGUGCUGGGAGGCCGCCAGCCCGUCGUGAAGCUGGAGCCGCUCAAGACAGACCCGCUCAAGCCAGUCACCUACCACAUCGGCAUGAGCUCCAAGCAGAUAUUGGAUGCUUGCAAGGACAACGCAGGGCCACCUACAGCGUGGUCGGUGCUGGGUGACGGGUGCGGGCCGCCCGAGCCGCCCGCCGUGCCGCCGCCGCGCCUCUCGCCCGAGCAGCUGGCGCCGCCCGCGCCCUUCGUCUACGUCGAGUCCAAGCGCGACGCCUUCUCGCCACAGCUACAAGAUUUCUGCCUAAAACACCCCAUCGCUGUUGUUCGCGGCCUCACCGCAGCGCUCAAGCUCGACCUGGGGCUGUUCUCCACCAAGACUCUGGUGGAGGCGUGGCCCGACCACGCCGUGGAGGUGCGCACGCAGCUCAUGCAGUCCGCCGACGAGAACUGGGACCCCACCGGGCGCAGGCGCGUGUGGGCAUGCGCCUCGCACCGCUCGCACACCACCGUGCGCAAGUACGCGCAGUACCAGGCCGGCUCCUUCCAGGAGUCCCUGCGCGAGGAGCGCGAGCGCGGCGGCACGGCGGCCGCGGCCGGCGGCGGCGCGCUGUCCGACUCGGACGGCCGCGAGUCGGGCUCGGGGCCCGUCAAGCGGCGCCGCGCCGCGCGCAUGCUGCGCUUCGGCACCAACGUCGAUCUCUCUGACGAGCGCAAGUGGCGCCCGCAGCUCACUGAGCUACAAAAGUUGCCAGCAUUUGCUCGUGUCGCAUCGGCCGCCAACAUGCUGUCGCACGUGGGUCACGUGAUCCUGGGCAUGAACACAGUCCAGCUAUACAUGAAAGUGCCCGGUAGCCGCACGCCCGGCCACCAAGAGAACAACAAUUUCUGUUCCAUCAAUAUUAACAUCGGUCCUGGCGACUGCGAGUGGUUCGGAGUACCGGACGCCUAUUGGGGUGGUGUUCGCGAUCUUUGCGAGAGACACGGUCUAUCGUACUUGCACGGUUCGUGGUGGCCGGAUCCAGAGGAGUUACGUGCGCACGGUGUUCCCGUGUACCGGUUCACUCAGCGGCCGGGAGACCUCGUGUGGGUAAACGCGGGAUGCGUGCACUGGGUGCAGGCCACCGGCUGGUGCAACAACAUCGCGUGGAACGUGGGUCCGCUGACCGCGCGCCAGUACUCGCUGGCGCUGGAGCGCUACGAGUGGAACAAGGUGCAGAACUUCAAGUCGAUCGUGCCGAUGGUGCACCUGACGUGGAACCUGGCGCGCAACAUCCGCGUGUCGGACCCGCGCCUGCACCGCGCCAUGCGCACGUGCCUGCUGCAGACGCUGCGCGCGGCGGCGGGCACGCUGGCGGCGGUGCGGGCGCGUGGUGUGCCGGUGCGCUUCCACGGGCGCGCGCGCGGCGAGGCGUCGCACUACUGCGGCGCGUGCGAGCGCGAGGUGUGGCACGCGCUGCUGGUGCGCGAGCACGAGCGCCGCCACGUGGUGCACUGCCUGGCCUGCGCGCGCCGCGCCGAGCCCACGCUGGCCGGCUUCCUGUGCCUGGAGGAGCACCACGUGGACGAGCUGGCGCAGGUGUACGACGCCUUCACGCUGCACCGGCCCGCGCCCGCCGCGCCGCCCGCGCCGCCCUCGCUGGUGCCCAUCCCCGACUGAGCGUCGCCGUCACGUCACUGCGGUAGGUUCACUUCUCCGAACUUCGUCGCGCCCGCACCGAGCGACGACGGCGUACCUGUAUUUAUUUUGUGUGCGAGUGUAUGAUAAUUUGGUUCUUAUGACCAGGUAUUUUUUUUAUAUAUCGAGGUUACGUUUCCGUACGAAUGAGAAAAUGCACGACUCGAAUGGAUCCCCUUGUUUAGACCCAGUAUUAGAUGCUAGCUAAUUCCGAUGACUUAUACCUAGGUAAUUAUUGACGACGGUGUCAUUGUUGACCAACUAAAAUUUGUAACAGAUGCACGUGAUCUAUUUUUACUAAGAUGCACCUGAAUAUAAUAAAAUUGUUGUACGAUGACGACUUGGUGAAAUAUUUUUGCAGAUGAAUGUAAUUUUGUAAUACGGAAACUUAUACAGUUUACACGCUCCUCGAUCACUUUUGUAAUUGUGCGAGAUAUUUGAUAUAAGAAGUCAAUUGUCGGCAACGAGUAGCCGAUGUUUAGAAUGUACGUAUAAUGUUAUCGGCGCGGCCGGCGCGGGUUACGAUAAGGUAGAGAGUAGCUAGCAGUGUUGCACAGGGCGGCCGGCCGCUGGCUCUCAACUGCUCACGUGUUCACCAUCAUAUAAAUGUGUUAUUUUUGUAUAGAGGCGUAUUUAUUUAUUUUUAUCGUACUGUGACUUUAGUUUGAUUUUUAGACAGUCUUAGCGAAUAGUAGUUUUAAGUAUAAUUGCACGGCGGGAGACCCUACGUUUUAGUAGGGCCUGGAGAAUAGUGCUGCGAUGUCCCAAAGAAUGUUAUAAUGUACUUGUGUAGGCAAAUGGAAAUUGUAUGAUCAAUUUAUUGACAUUUCUUGAAUAUUUCUGACACAUUUGGGAUCUGACAUGGAAAAUUAUUUUAUUUUAGCAAGUUGACUUAUUAUUAUUUGAUGAAAUUGGACUGUAUUAAAAUUAAGCAUAAUUAAAAUGUUGUUUCUUGGAUUGAUGUAAAGUAGGAUGGAUUAGGCUAGUAAGCUCGGGUUGGCAGUAAAGCAGGACAACUCUCCUCUGACACUUGUCUGUUUGUUGUUUAUCUUGGAGUUUUAUUGAUGUGUUGUGACAUUUCACGUUGAAUAUUAAUUUGUAAGUGUCAGAGGUGAGUUAAGGGGUAGAUGAUAUGGGAGUUUUGGUCGGAUUAUGUAUAGCGAAGCCGAAAUAUGUAUAAGUACCUAAUAAUAACAUCACUGCCAUGUAUGACCUUACUGUUUAUACUGUAAAUUACAUUUUUAAUAAAGAAAUUUAAGUAUGAAA